CACUGUUGCUGCGGGUUCAAGGAGAAGAGCACCAAUACUGAAGGCUUGCUAAAACGAAGAAACAUCUUUCUCUAUCUCCCCUUAAACCGGGAGCAAUCGGUUCUCUUCUCUUCUUUUUUUUUAACGCUUUCGCCACAACUUCCAAAUACGUGAUGACCACCACGGUGCCUCGGACGUGCCAUCCUAAUGCCACCAUUUGCUUUGGUACAGACUGCCUGGUGCCCCCCAGUGACUUCAACGCCACGCUGAGUUUGGUGUUGAGCACGGUGCUCACCAUCAUGCUGGCUAUGGUGAUGUUCGCCAUGGGCUGCACCGUGGAUGUCAGAAAGCUAUGGGGCCACAUCAGGAGGCCCUGGGGAAUCUUCAUUGGUUUCCUCUGUCAAUUUGGGAUCAUGCCAUUCCUCGCCUUUGCCCUGUCGCUGGCCUUCAACGUGCUUCCCGUGCAGGCGGUCGUCAUCAUCAUCAUGGGCUGCUGUCCCGGAGGCUCCAGCUCUAAUAUUAUCUGUUACUGGUUGGAUGGAGACAUGGACCUGAGUAUCAGUAUGACAGCCUGCUCUUCCAUCCUCGCGUUGGGUAUGAUGCCCCUCUGUCUGCUCAUCUACACCACUGCCUGGACCUCUGCUGACACCAUCGAGAUCCCAUACGACAGCAUAGGUAUCACCCUCGUGGCCCUCCUCGUCCCAGUUACGCUGGGAAUCUACGUCAAACAUAAGAGGCCCAAGAUAGCAAAGAAGAUCCUCAGCGUCGGGUCCAUUGUGGGCUUUGUCCUCAUCGUCAUCAUUGCGGUGAUUGGAGGCGUUCUCUAUCAGUCCUCCUGGGUCAUCGCUCCCUCCCUCUGGAUCAUUGGAACCAUCUACCCUUUCAUUGGCUUUGCCUUGGGUUUUUUCCUGGCUCGAUUCGUGGGUCAGCCUUGGUACAGAUGUCGCACCAUCGCACUGGAGACAGGCUUCCAGAAUGCGCAGCUGUGCAGCACCAUCGUCCAGCUGUCCUUCUCCCCUGCCGAGCUGGAGAUCAUGUUCUCCUUCCCGCUCAUCUACAGCAUCUUCCAGCUGGUUGUGGCACUCAUAUCUGUGGGAGGCUACCAGGGGUACAAAAGGUUGUUUGGCCGUGGUUCAUCUGACAAGGACAGCGAGUCUCCGAAGGUGGAGGCUGGGGAUACUGGAACGACAAACGAUAGGGGGGAGUAUGCCGUGGAAAACGAAAGCUUUCAGUGCGAUGAGAAUGGCAACACAGAGGAGAAGGGUAAGGGCACGACAACCCAGCUUUGAGACCCCUGCCUCACAAGCUAGGGGCGUCACACUAUCAGCAUCAACAGCGUAAGGAACCAGAGCAACCCCUCUGCUGCUGACAAUCUGAUUCAUCCAUAAACACACUGGGCCGGAGGUGUGUACACGUCCUGCAGUUACUCUGCAUGAGAGGACAGUUGCUGUCAAGCUGCACCUUGUGUGUGUGUGUGUGUGUGUGUGUGUGUGUGUGUGUGUGUGUGUGCGUGCGUGUGUGUGUGUGUGUGUGUGGCAAACUAGCAAGUAGGAGCCUGUCUUGGUUUGUGAGUUCUGUGCCAUCAUACCAUACCUCAGACGCUGGGAAAUCAUUUCAUAUAAAGACAGGAAAUAGACCACAUUUUGCAGCACAAGAAUCUGAAGUACAGUUUUGUGAAAUUCUUAAUGUUUCUACAAACGUUCCCUGUUCUUCCACUGAUAAGCUCACGCUUCACUAUUUUUACCUGAACUCACAAAACCCGUUAUUUUAACAUGUGUGUCCGACCCAUACUGAUACCUUCACUAAUUUAUUAGUCUACUGUUUUGGACACAACUAACACAGUGUAUAUAGGUUGUGUGUUUUAACCCAUUUAUAAGCCUUUUUCAUUGUAAUAGACUUCUUGUAUGCCUCCUCAGCAUAAUUGCGUUACAUAGAAGGGCAGUCUUUAUCUGUAGCAAGACUGAAGAUGAAGUCAUUGCCUCUUUACAAAUGACCUUUCAGCCCAUCUAAGGGUUGCAUUUUUGGGGAGUUUUCAUGAUGAUGACACAAUGCUUCACAUGGUAAUGUCUCUCUCUAUUCAACAGUAUGUGUUCGAAAUAACCCUGUAAAAUAUAUGUGUGAAUUGAUAACUUACACUAUUGUACUUUUGUUGUAAUGAUUCAUAUUUUGAUGUGUACAUGAGUAUCAGUAGCAAAUACAAUAAACUGCU